AUGGGUCUAGGGGGCUUCUGCUCUUGGCUUACAACAAUCUAUCAUAUGAAGGAUGAUGAGAUCAGGAGUAAAUGUGGCAUCGACGCUACGACCUACCUGUCCUUCCAGCGCCACAUCAUCCUGCUCAUGACCGUGGUCUGCCUGCUGUCUUUGGCCAUCAUCCUGCCUGUCAACUUUUCCGGGAACCUCCUAGGGGAUAAUCCUGAAAAUUUUGGAAGAACGACUGUGGCUAAUCUUCCUGCAAAGGACAGCUUCCUGUGGCUCCACAGUAUCUUUGCUCUGCUCUACUUCAUCAUCACAGUGCUGUGUAUGGCCCACCACUCCUCACGCCUGGAGUACAGAGAGGACGAGAAGGUGGCCAGGACUCUCAUGAUCACCUGCAUCCCCAGAGAGAUCUCAGACCCAGGCCUCAUCACAAAACACUUCCAUGAGGCUUACCCCAGCUGUACUGUCACUGACGUCCGCUUCUGCUUCAAUGUACACAAACUGAUGAUGCUGGACUCUGAGCGACGGAAGGCGAUGAAAGGAAGGCUGUAUUUCGCCACUAUGUCCCAGAAGGAGGGGAAGAUCAUGAUUAAGACCCACCCCUGUGCUACCAUAUUCUGCUGUGACGUGUGCGGCUUUGAGCAGGUGGAUGCAGAGCAGUACUACAGUGAGUUCGAGGAGAAACUGACGGAUGAGUUUAAUGCAGAGAAGCAUCGCAUCUCGCUCAAGAGGCUGGGCAUCGCCUUCGUGACUUUUCGGGAUGAGAGGAUGACUGCUGUUAUUGUCAAGGACUACAGCCGGCUCCGUUGCCGUCGGAGACCCAAGCAGUCUAGCAUCACCACGGUAGUUCAGUCUCACAGGUGGGGUGUAGGCUAUGCCCCAGCUCCAAGCGACAUCAUCUGGGAGAACCUGUCGGUGUGUGGCUCCCGCUGGUGGCUGCGCUUUGUCCUGCUCAACAUCCUCCUCUUCCUCCUCCUCUUCUUCCUCACCACGCCCGCCAUCAUCGUCAACACCAUGGACAAACUCAAUGUCACCCGGCCUGUUGACAGCCUGAGGAGCCCGAUCAUCACUCAGUUCUUCCCUACCCUCCUGCUCUGGGCGUUCUCUGUCCUGUUACCCUUCAUAGUCUACUACUCGGCCUUCUUCGAGUCUCACUGGACCAGAUCCAGUGAGAACCAGAUCACAAUGCACAAGUGCUUUGUACUGUUGGUGUUCAUGGUGAUCAUCCUGCCCUCGCUGGGUCUCUCCAGUCUGGACCUGUUCUUCAGGUGGCUGUUUGAUGUCAAUUUCCUGGAAGACAAGAAUAUAAAAUUUGAGUGUGUGUUCCUGCCUGAUAACGGAGCGUUCUUUGUGAACUACGUGAUUACGUCCAGCCUGAUCGGCACGGCCAUGGAGCUGCUGCGUAUCCCAGCUCUGAUGGUGUAUGCUCUGCGUCUCUGCUUGGCCAAGCCCGGGGCCGAGCGCAUCCACGUCAAACGGAGCCAGGCCUAUGAGUUCCAGUUUGGUCUGCAGUAUGCCUGGACCAUGUGCAUCUAUGCUGUUAGCAUAACCUACAGUAUCACCUGUCCCAUCAUCAUGCCCUUUGGGCUGCUCUACCUGAUCCUGAAACACAUGGUGGACCGCUACAACAUCUAUUAUGCCUACGUGCCCACCAAGCUCAACCAGCGCAUCCACACUGCAGCCAUCAGCCAGGUCAUCGUGGCGCCCAUCCUCUGCAUGUUCUGGCUUCUGUUCUUCUCCGUGCUCAGACUGGGCCCAGUGCAUCCCAUCACCCUCUUCACCUUUGUGUCCCUGCUCUCCUGCCUUGCCUUCUCCCUCCUUGGCCUAUGCCUUAGGAAACAGCCUGACAAGUCAUCAAGCUACCAGAUGUCAGACCAGGUGUCUGCUGACCAGCCAGCAGAAGGGGCCUUCGCUAAUGCAGAGAGAAGCUCCACCCCCUCCACCACCCCAUCUAAUCUGUUUGUGGCAUCUGUGUUGCUGGAGCCGGAGCUAGGCCUGACCCCGAUGCCCUCCCCAGCUCACCAGAGCUACGGGACCAUGGCCAGCUCCCAGGACCGAGAGGAGGAGGAGGAGGAG